AUGUUUCCUUUUGGUGUUUGGGUUUUGUGUCCCGGGUGCGCCGAGCCAUGGUGCGGCGCUGCUGGCGAGGACGUGGACGCGCCCUGGGGCGCGGUGCGGCACGCCGUGCUCGCCGUCCAGCUGCUCUGCAUGUUCGCCGCCGUAUCGCUCGCCUGGGUCGUCUUCCGGCAGCGCAAGUGCAAGACGAUAGCUGCCGGCAUGUGGACCAUCCUGGAAACCAUACUACUCGGAGAGUUCCUGUUGUACGCCACGGUGCCGGUGCAGCUGCUGGCGCCGUCCGUGGUGCGCUGUCUGCUGGAGGCCUGGCUGCGCGAGAUCGGCUUCGUCGUCUGCUACGGCGCCAUCAUCCUCAAACUCUACAGGAUCCUGAUCGAGUUCCGGACGCGCAAGGCCCACCGCUGGGUGGUGCGCGACAAGGACCUGCUCAAGUACCUGUCCGGCAUGGUGGUGGUGGCGCACGGCUACAUGGCCGCCUGGACCGCCUCGACGCUCAACUUCCUGGCCGACGGGCACGAGCUGGUGGCCCGGGGGCGCACGCCCGACGGCCGACACUUCCUCACCUGCCGCGCCCUCUGGUGGGACUACGUCACCGAGGCCGGUGAGCUGCUGAUGGUGGCGUUCGGGCUGCACCUGGGCUUCGCGUCUCGCAACGCGGCGUCGCCGUACGAGGAGCGGCGCUGGCUGUGCGCGGCGCUCUGCAUCGAGCUGGUGGGCUCGGCCGCCUACUACGCGGCGCGCGCCGCCCUCUGGAGCCAGCUGGAGCCGCGCGCCUUCCUGCUGCUCAGCCUUGCGCGCUCCCAGCUCACCGGCACCGGCUGCCUGCUCUGCGUCUUCCUGCCCAAGCUGUGGUACGAGCAGCGGCGGUCGGCGAGCCGCGGGCAGUGCCUGGCGCAGGAGCUGUCAGCGCGCCUGCCGCUCGACGCCUUCCGGCCGGUGGACGGCGUCCCCACCGACGCCGACCUGGCCGAGAUCAACCUGGCCGACAUGAACCCCGACGACAUACGGGCGGAACUGAAGCGGCUGUACACGCAGCUGGAGAUCCUGAAGAACAAGACGAUCCGCGCCGACAACCCGCACAUCUCCAAGCGGCGCGGCGGCCGCAAGGUGGCUCACAGGCGCUUCUCCCUGCAGAAGAAGGGAAGUCGCGAGAAGGCCCUGCACCACCGCCAGCAGAGCCAGCAGCAGCAGGACGCCACCGAGACGGAGGUGUCGCGCACGCCCGAGGACUCGGUCUGCAGCAACGAGGGACCCAGCGCCGUCUACGCAGAGCUCGACCGCGACCUCCGGCCCUGAGGAUUCAGCCCCUCGCCCCGGAGGCCACCGCGCCGCGAGUGGUUCUGACGAGGCGGGGGGACCACCGGCCCCGCGAGGGGGGCCACCUGCGAAGAAGGUCUGCGCGCUGCCGCGAGGCAGAGGUCAUCCGACGUUGCCCUCUAUCACUGUUCCUGCAGUGCUCCCGGGUGUACUCGGCUGCCACCAGGGGCUACAGUGUCUCCGUCACGAUCUCCCGUGUCGUUUCCAGAUUCUUAGUGCGUGUUUGACAUAAAAGCGAUUCCACUCAGCGAUCUUCAAUAGCGUACCUAUUUAUCAGCCCCACCUACAGGUGGCAGCCCUGCUUUGGAACGGGAUCACUGCUCAAACCACUUCGGAAUACGAACAAGCGAAUGACUCCGUGUCACACACGACGACAACUAGAAGCCCUCCAACACUACUUGGUGAUUCGCUUUUACAUCAGUCUUCAGACGUCAAACGGUGGAGAACACGAUGUACAACUUCCACUUAGGAUGUGCGUAACAGACUU